GGGGAGGCUUGUGAAGCAACAAGGCCCGAUAAACAACUUAUCAUAAUCAGGCAACAUCAUCUCAGCCAUCUUGACAGGGAGAGCUGAACUAUGAGGCAUGAAUACUGAAGCGCUUGCUCAAAGUACAGACCUGCACCCUCACUUCGCAAGUAUGUGUGCAUUUCUGUAGUGACACAGUGCAACAAACAUUUCUUCAGUGAUAUUUUUUUUUACUGAUAAAUUACCUCUGUCGCCACCAGUCGACCAAGAUGAUGGUUUCACUGCUUUAACUAAUACGUGAGGUGUCACAGAACACCACCGAGAAAGAGUAACUUCCGGCACCUCUGCACACGCACUGGCCCAACAGCUGUCUCAGGAUCAGUGUGCUCGGAUUCGACUCCCAAACUCCUGAAGCAAUACUAGAAACGAUUGAACUGAUUCAGGAUCAGGGCUAGGGGUACGGUCUUUCUACACCGCCCCUUUUCCCCCACGUGUGUUCUCUGCUAACGGAGAAACGCUAAAAAAUAAAAUAAAAAAUAAACCUUGCUGUAGAGUUCUACAAUUAUGGAAGACAUUCCCGCUGAUGUGAAAGCAUUCAUUCAGGAUCAUCCAUUUCUACAAAUCACAGAGGCUAAAAAGAUAAAAUGCACCUUGAACGGGCAUGAGUUCCCCUGCACCCUUAAAGAACUCGAGAAUUUCACCGCCGGAAAGAAAUACCAGAAACUAAGCGCUGCUGCCCAGUUCAACUACAGUCAAUAUGAGCCACACGUGGUACCAAGCACCAAACAACCCAAUCAGCUUUUCUGCAAGUUGACUCUACGACACAUUAACCGCCUGCCACACCACGUCCUGCGUCACGUUAAUGGGAAACGAUACCAACGAGCGUUGCAGAAAUAUGAGGAGUGUGUGCGACAGGGCGUGGCCUUUGUGCCAGCCAGGCUCAAGCAGAAGAAGCCCAAACACAGCGGCGAGGGCGAGAGGCGGCGUGGCGAGUUCUGGGAACCCAGCUCCGGCGAGGGGGAAGGCAGCGACUCGGAGGACAGCAUGAGCGACCUCUACCCUCCCAGCGUGUUUUCUCUGAAGAAGCCACUUAACGGUGAGGCGGAGAUGGUGGAGGCAGAGGGGAGCGAUGACUUUCAGACAGACAGUGACGAAGAGGAGGCCACCCCAAUGGAGGUUGACAAGCAGGCCCCACAGAAGCGCCGAAAGGUGCAGUCAGCUGGCUUCAAAAAGAAAUUCAAGAGUCACAAUAAGAAGAAAAAUCGCUUCAAAAAUGGAACGGUUAAAAAUGGAAAAUAAUAAAUCAUUCUGUGU